GGUAUCUCUUCGCCCUUCAGAGAAGAUAAGAACAUUACUGGUUGUCAUGAUGUUAUUAGCCAGAGUGCAUCCGUGUGUGGGGAAGACAGCGCCUCUCCACCUGACCAGCUACCCUGAGUUUGCCACAGAUGGAGCAGACUUCACACUGUCCUGUACACACGCACAGGGCAGGACAUUGAUAACUGUCAACUGGCACAGAAACAAUGUUAACAUCUUUGAUACAGGCAGUGGUAUCUUCGUAUCUGCUGCCAUACUCCACCCCCUCACCACCUCCCCCGAGUACCAGGCUGUGUCAAGACGUAUCAGUGUCAGCUCCUCCCUCCAGCAGCACAGCGUGACUCUCAGGACCAACUCUCCACUCGACCAGGGCUCCUUGUGGAGGUGCCAGACUGUAGGACAGUUCAGCAAUAACCUCACUAUUGAAGUCAAAGAGUCUAUUCGAGGGGCAUCGUCUCCAGGUCCUAAAUCAACCAGGGACAGUACAAUGUUUGCCACUGAAGGACAGCACACAGGUCCAUCCUCGACUGAUGACACAGAUAUGAUGACAACGACCCCAGUAGACCCAGCAGUGUCCACAAAGUGUGGAAAUAUUUUACUAAUCACUGCUGCAGCUGGGAGCAUCAUCGUUGUCAUCGUCAUCGUCGUCGCCAUUGCCACCUCUGUGUUACUCGUACGGAAAUACAAGCAAGACAUCGCAGAAAACAACAGCCAGAUGUACAGCACCAUGUCACGUGACCCUAACACUGAUAACAACUACACUGAGUUGGAUCAUGGGCACACAGGUGAAAAGUUUCCUACUUCCCUGUCUGCCAACACCGAGGAGUCCCCGGCCUACUACAACACAGCACCUGCUGACAGUCAGUACGAAAACCCACCCGCUUCCACUGAGUGAUACGUAACUGCAUUCUUGAUGUGGUGUGGCAGGGUGUUCAAUAUCUGGGGCCCAGUGGUCUGGACAAUUCUCAGACUUGGCAUAUGAAAAACGUUCUAUUCUGUUUCAUACAAAUUACGACCACUUCCCGAAAGGUGAAGAUCGGUGGUUCGUUCCGCUUGACACCUUAUACCAAUAACAACUUGAUAGUUCUUAUUGUGUUUGGCUUAAAGAGGUCAAACAAGAUUAGGUCGGCACCGAGUCUGUAAAAUGGAUGUAGUAUCCAUGUUAAACUGCUGCAUGGUACCUCAGUGGGAUAGCAUGAAUAAAACCGACCUCACACGGACCGUAACAAUCAGCCACAUACACGUGCAUGCACGUCACUGUGUCGGUGAAAGAAUCUUGAAGGUAACGUUCUACCCCGUUGUCACCUCCAUACACAUCACAGUGUAACCUAGAUGUCCUGUGUUGUACUUGUGAUAUGGACAAUCCCAUGACACCUCAAUACACAUCACAAUGUGUUCUAGAUGUUGUCCUGUGUUGUACUUGUGAUAUGGACAACCCCAUGACACACCCAUACACAUCACAGUGUGUCCUAGAUGUUGUCCUGUGUUGUACUUGUGAUAUGGACAACCCCAUGACACACCCAUACACAUCACAGUGUGUCCUAGAUGUUGUCCUGUGUUGUACGUGUGAUAUGGACAACCCUGUGACACCCCCAUACACAUCACCGUGAGUCCUAGAUGUCCAGUGUUGUACUUGUGAUAUGGACAACCCCAUGACACCCCCAUACACAUCACCGUGAGUCCUAGAUGUCCUGUGUUGUACUUGUGAUAUGGACAACCCCGUGACACACCCAUACACAUCACCGUGUGUCUUAGAUGUUGUCCUGUGUUGUACCAGUGAUAUGGACAACCCAAUGACACCCCCAUACACAUCACCGUGGUUCCUAGAUGUCCUGUGUUGUACGUGUGAUAUGGACAACCCUGUGACACCCCCAUACACAUCACCGUGUGUCCUAGUUGUUGUCCUGUGUUGUACUUGUGAUGUGGACAACCCCAUGACACCCCCAUACACAUCACCGUGUGUCCUAGAUGUUGUCCUGGGUUGUACGUGUGAUAUGGACAACCCCGUGACAUCCCCAUACACAUCACUAGUGUCCUAGAUGUCCUGUGUUUUACUUGUGAUAUGGGCAACUUCGUGUCUGGUUGUGCUCUUAAUGUUUUUAAUGUACUUGCUUUGUGUUUUUAAAACGUGCGUGUUAUGUGUAUAUUUUAUUGGCUUGUGAUUCUUAAUGUACUUGUAUCUCCUCGACUGUUAGAAAAUAUGUUUUGUGUGUGUACAUUUGAUUGAACUUGCGUUAUACAAUGUAUGAUACUUUUUAUAAAGAAAAUUCUUUUACUUCUGUCAUGAUUGACUUUUGCAUGAAUAAAUUUCAU